AUGGCCGGGGGCACCGAGGAUAUCUCGCACGUGGAAAGUGCCGAGAACCUCAGGGAACAUGAGGCUGCCCUCGUAGGCGCCUAUGUCCUGCCCGAGCUCAGCAGCCAUGACGAAGUAGCCAACAACUCCAUCAGAAAUGUCUUUCGCGUCACCAAGGGCAUUACCCUGGCAAACUCCUUCCUCAUGUGUUACCUGUACUUUGCCGGUACGAUGGCGUAUAUUGUUCCCCCCACCCAGGUCAGUUUCAUGGUCGCGGAUCUCGGCCGACGAGAUCUCGCUGCUUGGGUGUCCACAGCCACUUCCGUUGGCAUCUGUGCUGUCCUUCCAGUCAGUGGCGCCCUGACUGAUGUCGUGGGUCGGCGGUGGGCUAUGAUCGCCGGGAGCCUUCUGGGAGUCGCCGGCUCAAUUGUGGCUGGACGUGCCGAUUCGACAAAGAUGAUCAUCGCCGGUCAGGCCCUUUGCGGUGCUGCCAUCGCGCUUUGCUUUGUCUCACCCGCUGCACUUGCUGAAAUCAUCCCGGCGUUCGCACGACCCUUCUGGGCUACUGCUCAGCAUUUUCUCGGAACCAUUGGCCAAGUCGUUGGUCCCGUCUACUCCGGCGCCUUCGUCAAGGCCUCGAUCAGCGGUUGGCGAUGGCCUUUCUACAUCAACGCAAUCAUAUUCGGCCUCGGCGCUGUUGGAACCAUCUUCAUCUACCACCCAAAGUCUCGAGUCCGCGCACUUGGUUUCUCGAAGCGAGGAGUCAUCAGGCAAAUCGACUUUGUUGGCCUCUUCCUGUUCCUUGCAGGCGUGACCUGCUUACUCCUCGGCUUGUCGUGGGGUGGUAAUGUGCGCUACGGAUGGAAGAAUGCCCACGCAAUCGCCCCAACCGUUAUUGGAGUGGUCAUUGUUCUCAUUGUACUUCCUGUUUAUGAGCGCUUCGGCUGCCAAAACGCUGUCUUCGACAGACAACUGUUCCGGGAUCGUACUUUUAUUAUGCUCAACAUUAUCAGCUUUGUCGAAGGAUUCGCCCUGCUAACCAGCAGCGUUUACUUUCCACAGAUUCUCCUCCAGUUCUGGACGAAGGACCCGGUUACGGUUGGCGUCUAUCGCAUCCCGUUCGCCGUUAGUGGCCUCAUCUCCCAGACUGGAAGCGGGUUGAUCUUCCAGAAGACUGCUCGCUACAAGAAGAUGUAUAUCGGUCUCGCGACCCUUUUGUUGAUCGGACCGGCUUUAUUCGGUGUGCUCACCCCUCACCAAAGUGUCGGCGUACCCCUAGGCAUCUCCGUACUCACCGGACUUGCAGUCGGAGGUAUCGUGCAGGUCUCCCUCAUUACGGCACAGUAUUGUGUUCCUCAGACCAAGCUGGGUGUCAGCCUUGGUAUCAUCAAUACUGUCCGCGUCCUGGGCGGCGCCAUCGGUGUUGCCAUCUUCAACUCAAUCCUGAGCACAAGACAAAACAGUCACAUACCAAGUGCUGUAACAGCUGCUGCCACAAAAGCCGGUGCCAGAGCAAGUGAACUUCCCCUCAUUGUGAAGGCGGCCGUCUCCGGCAAUUCAACCUUGCUCGUCUCCGCUACAGACAACAGCACUGCUGUCAUUGGCGCUGUGAAGCUUGCGGUUCUGAACACGACGUCAGCGUCAUACAGAAUCAUCUUCUUAAGCUCCAUUCCGUUUGGGGCUAUCUCCCUGGCUGCAUGCUUCUUGCUACGCGAAGUCAACCACUACAUGUCGGACGAGGUUGUCUUCGGACUUGCUGCUCAAGAGAAGGCCGCACCGGCCGGAUUGAGAAAGGAACAGGAGACUGUCGAGAAGAAUGUGUAG